AUUUGCGUUGUGAGUUGUAAUGUAAACACUAGACAGAACUAAUGACCCCAGUGAGUCAUGCAGUACACUACCUAUCAAAUUAGCCUACACCUCGGAAUGUCCAGCAUUAUAUUUCCAUGUACCCACUGUAUGAUACACGUACUAAUGAUAAAACAUGACAAAGUAAGCCCCUGUGACUCACACGAUAAUUGCUGGAGACGACCAUCGACCCACACCAUCCACUCCAGCUGUGCGUAAAGGGAGCGCUGUGGCACAAUGGCGCAUCAUCAGGCAAGGCGCGCUGUCCUGCUCUCUUUCAGCAUCUAACAUAAUCCAGCAGAUAGGUGCAGACAUACCUGCACACACAUAUUUACACAUAAAGCAUUCAUCUUUGUAUUUUUACGCAGAGCCUACAUUUAAGGGGGAUUACGCACGGUUUACGAUGAUGGAGCUCGUUAAACUUGUUCUAAUUGUUGCGCUGCUUGUGACAAAUGUUUUCUCACAAGAACUGGAUGUUGACAACUGGAGAGAAGGCAUCGAAAAGGACACACGGCCAAACUCUGAUGUAAUUCGAGAUAUUUUAGUGAGAAUGACCAGAAAACCAGGACCACGCCAAUAUCUCGAACUACUGGGGAAGAAAGACUCCGCAAAAACGCAGACAGCACGUAAACGGCAUAGAUUUCAAACCUUUGUGGGUCUGAUGGGUAAAAGGAGUUUUGAGGAUCAAGGUGUGAUACUUCCAACGGUGACACCCAGUACACUGAAGGGCCAUUUGGGUGAAAUUCUGCGUGGUGACCCCUGACUUCAUCCCAGAAAAAAGCCCCGAGAGGAGCACAGAAGAGUGAGGAUCUGCGUUUGUUUUCUUACUUUGUUAAAUUUCAGACUGACAUGUUUUUCUUGAAUCUGUUCUGUCAUAGUUUUAUUAAAAAUGUCACAUUUAACAGUCGAGUUUGACAUAGUUUUGCUAAGAUUCCUUUUAAGCAAACAGCACCAUCUCGUGUCCAAAUAGAAUACCUACAAUAUAUGACUAAAAUAAAGUAAAUCAUAUUCAAGUGACGUUUCAUGUAAAAAAAAAAAAAGCAUUUAUUGAUAAAACACCAAAGUAUUAUAACCUAACCGGAAAUUGUCCACAACAGUUUCCAUAAUAAACCCAUCUCACUCCUCCAUAUCAUCACAGGUUUAUUAAGUGACUUUGUACAAU